AUGCAUAUUUCUUUUAUUAAAGGUAGUUAUGCAGGAACAGUUUCCACAUCGGGGUCUCUCACGGCCACUAUUGGAGGUUCAGUUGACUUCACCUGUACAUAUACACUAGACUCUGGUGAUACAGUCUACCCAGGAUCUAUUUCUUGGCAAAUCAUAACAGGCCCUGGACCAGAGGAAUUUACAAACAUAGCAACUUUUUCUCCCCCUGGAUCAGGUGGUUCUAAUUCCUUUACAAAUUUUGCCACGGAUUAUAAGAAUCGAUCUGAAUUAUUCAAUGUAACAGUUAAUGGAGCUAAUUCCUAUGUUGUUGUGAUGAGGGUAAACGAGGUGGUGUGUUCAGAUGAGAAUCACUACAGAUGUUCUGUUUUAUUUAUUAAUACUGGAUUAGGUCCUGUAUCUAAGACAAAAGAAACAUCUCUCUCAGCUAGAGCACCUUCUGAGCAACCUUAUGACAUUCCAGUUCCUGUACCAGACAAUAUAGAAGAGAACACGGAAGUGACUUUGUCCUGUACAGCCAACGUUGGGAAACCUCCAGGACAAAUCAGGUGGUGGCGCUACAGGAAUGGGAUAAUGGCUCCACAGGAAAUUACAGGAGUGUCUACCACCACCCCACCAGUUCAGAGAGGCGUGUGUGUCUACAAUGUAACCAGCACGGUAACAUACAGGAUGACAAAGGAUGACGACCAGUCGGUGUGGAGAUGUUUUGUGGACAAUGAAUUGUUGACAAUGCUAGACCGAGACAAACCUUACCAAGAAUCUAAGAGGAUUAAUGUGUAUUUUAAAGUCAAUGUUCCCAUUAUAAGGAAGGUACCGGACUCUGAUACUGACUCCCAGUAUUCUGUUGGUUCCUCUGUUACCUUACUCUGUGAAGCUGAAGGUAAUCCAACUCCAGGAAUCAACGCUAAUACGACUGUCAACAGGUAUCUAUGGACAUUUACGGCUAGUCCCAAUAGCACUGCUUCAGAGCUUUCAUCUAAUAAUGGGACACUUUCUCUGUCAAAUCUCAAUGAAACUGAUACAGGGACGUACACCUGUACUGCAUUUAAUGGCUUCAAUGGGAAAUUUUUCAACGCAUCGAAUGAAAUUAGUUUACAGAUUGUAAAAACGAUAACUACCACUAGUAAUAUCAUGCAAACCACGUCUUCUGCAUCCUCUGAAAGAACAUCCAAAAGAUUUACCAUUACACCACAGGGAGGACUGGGCAAUGUCCAGGACAACGUUCUGAACAACCUCACCAAUACAGACAAUGUUCACCCCCGGGAUACUGCAGACAAUGGUCAGCCAAAAUACUACCAUGUGGCUGUACAAUAUUAA